AUGCUGCGGCAGUCGCCCCUGAAGGGCAUUCAGAUCCCCGGUGCAGCCAACCGGCUCAUAGCGUCGCUAUUUGCGGAUGACACGACCACUUACCUGGCUAAGACCGACACAUGGGGUACGUUGUGGUGCGUCCUGAAAUCCUGGUGUAAAGCGUCACUAGCGAAAUUCAACGAUGGAAAGACGGAACUCAUACCCAUAGGAAGCGAGGAACACCGCGCACGAGUCAUAGCGACGCGCAAACUUGGAGAAGACCAAGAAGAACUACCGACGGAUCUCCAUAUCGCACAGGACGCCGAGCCUAUAAGAUCCUUGGGAGCGUGGGUAGGAAACAAGAUCAAACAAGCGGGAAUAUGGUCAAAACAGAUCGAACGGUCGCACUCCCACUUGACGAGGGCCGAACAAACAAAUCCUUCAAUGGAAGGUCGUAAGCAUAUGAACGACAUGUAUGUACGACAAACAACCGAAUACCUGUGCAAAGUCCAAGGAAUGCCGAAGAUGAUUGAAACCAUGCUGGAUAAGAUGGCCAACAGCGCCUUUUGG